GGCAACAACCCGGAAAUUUGCAAUAACAACACGGAAGCGUUUCGGGAAAAUCUAUACGUCAACGGCGAGCGCGAAAUUGAAAAGCAUCACGGAGCUCUUGUUGACAUCUGCACCUACUUAACUUCUUCAGCCAUGUCGGAAAAGCUCCAGAGGGUGAACCGCUGGCUGGCGGCGGUGUUCGGCGAUGAGGCGGUUCCGCAGUUCGAGGUGACCGCCCGGACGGUGGACAUUUUGGACCAGCUCGCCGAAUCCAGCGAAGCUCGAUGCCAACACGGCAGCCUGCUCGCCGAAGACCUUAAUCAAAAGGCGGCCGAGUACCAGGCAGACGCCGCUCACCUCCAGGCCAUUCUGCGUGAAGAUUUGGGCGUGUCGCUCGCCAGCCUGCCCAAAUCCUGCACGGACUACUUAUCUUCUCUGGUGGACAGCGCCAUGGUCCUGGCGGUACGAGACACGUCAUUCUGCAGUUUGACGCUGGCGCUGAACCGGCUGAGCGACGAGCUUCUGGAGGAAGAGAAGUCCGAAACCAAGUUGGACCGGGAGCUCCUCAACCUCAGGAAGAAGCUGAGCGCCGUCUUGGUGCUCAGAGGACAACUGCAGGAGGACGUGAGCAAAAUGCAUCAGGAACAAAUGGUGGUGAGCGCCAUCACCGAGAAGCGCCAGCUCAACAUGGACUUCAUCAAAGCCAAGACAGAAGAAAUCCAGCACAGACGGGAGGCCCAAGAGGUUCGGCUGGCUGCCAGGAAUAUGAAGGAGUCGCUCAGCCAUCAAGCUUUAGUGCAACUCUCAGCGGAAGUGACCGAGCUACAAGCCCAAAUCAAAGACCUGAAGAAGGAACUGCAGCCUUUCUUGGACCUCAGCCCGAGCCCGUCUCUCGCUCUAGUCAAAAUCGAAGAGGCUAAAAGAGAACUGGCGGCGCUCAACACCCAGCUGGAGAAGUACGUAGACUUCCAGUGAUGCUAAGCAAUGAGACCUAAAGGAAUGUUAUUGUACAUAUUUGACAAAUAAAGCCCAAAAAUGGACGUG